AUGAAGUUCCUUUCAGCGUUCAUUGCUGCUCUAACUAUCACAGUUUCCGCUGACGCCUUUACCAACCAUGUAGAACGCAAACUCAUCCUUGGUGGAACCAUUGUGCCCGAGGGAAGGAAACUUUAUUACACUGGUUUGCGUCACACGGCUGAGGGCAAAAACAUUUGUGGUGCUGCCCUCAUCGCCCCCUUUACAUGUGCUCACGGCCUCGCAUUGUAUCACAUCAAGGUCGUGUCUGUCAUGAUCCACCCUAACUCCUCAAUACCGCUACCCUACUCCAACGAUUUCGCCAUCUUGGAGCUCGAGGUCGCGUCGUCGAUCAAGCCUGUGAAGCUGGCAAAGGCCGAUAAUUCUGACUUCAAAGACGGUGCCACUGUAACUACCGUUGGAACUGGACACACAUCGGAGGGCCUGACGGCUGUAGAAGCUCACGAAAGACAACGCGUGGACUCAAACCUUAUCACUAAUGAACAGUGUAAGGAGGACGGCAGGAUAGUCGUAGACGACUCUAUGGUCUGCGUUGCAGGUCAGAUUAGUAUGGGAUUCUGCGACGGCGACCUCGGAGGUCCGCUUUUCAUUGAGUCCUCAGACGACAAUACUGACGACGAUGCCGACGACGAUGCCGACGACGUAUUGAUCGGUAUUGCUAGCUGGCGCAACGCGCGAGACGGUAGUGUAUGUGGUCGAGGCAUGAGUCUGCCUAUGGUUUACUCUCGCGUCUCCAGCGUGCGUAAAUGGAUGGACCCGAUCAUUACAACGUCAUGCUUUGUCUAG